UCUGUAAUUAAUCCUUCACCCUCCAAGCGUUAGCUUGUGACAAGGCAAGGAGCCGUUUGCUGAAAGCUGUUAGCUUGCGCUUUGUGGUUUCGGAGAUGCUGUGCAGGGGAAGUUGUGUUUGGAGACAAGCUAAACUCACUUCCUGCCAGGUCUGAGUAAGAACAGAACAAUUUUUAAUGAGAAAAAAAACAACGGGGCACAGAUUUUCUACCUUGCUCUCAUCUACCGCCAUAAGUUUUUUGGUAACCUCCCAGUUGGCCAAGAACCAUACUUCUGGUGGCCCCCUUGGUUGCAAAGACGGAUCUCCCAACUUUUCUGAAGGACCUUCGAUGCGACGAGCGUUGGAGACGGAGAUUAGAAUGAAUUUAAGGAAGCAGAAGAGCGCCAUGGGCCAGUAAAUGAGUCCUGGAGAGGCAGGAACUCAACGAUCGACAGAUUCCUCCUGAAGACCGAUGGGCUUGGGCCCGGCCUUGGAAGGAGAAGUUGAUACGAGGGUGUAAGUAUUGAGGAAGAGGAGGAAAGGCGCUCCUUCGCACCCAUGUCGCUGGCCAUGAAAGCUCGGCAGAAGGUGAAACGGAAAGGACCGGCGAAAGAUCGGGUCUUUGGGUGUGAUCUGAUGGAACAUCUGCAAUCAUCUGGCCAUGACAUUCCCCAGGUCCUGAAGAGCUGCACAGAGUUUGUGGAAAAGCGCGGGAUUGUGGACGGCAUCUACCGGCUCUCCGGAGGCUCUUUAAACAUCCAAAAAUUAAGGCUUGAGUUUGAAAAUGACCGGAAUCCUGACCUCAACAAAGAGCCGUAUCUGCAGGACGUUCACUGUGUGAGCUCCAUUUGCAAAGCUUACUUCAGGGAGUUGCCAAAUCCACUCCUGACCUACCAGCUGUAUGAUAAGUUUGCGGAAGCGGUGGCCAUCCAGCUGGAAGAAAGCCGCCUGGAAAAAAUCAAGGAAGUGCUAAAGGAGCUGCCAUCACCACACCACCGAACCUUGGAAUUCUUGAUGAAGCACCUGGUCCACAUGGCGUCUUUCAGUUCCAAGACCAACAUGCACGUGAGGAACCUGGCUAUAGUCUGGGCCCCCAACCUGCUCAGGUCGAAGGACAUUGAAGUCUCCGGAUUCAAUGGCACCGCAGCCUUCAUGGAAGUCCGUAUCCAGUCCAUUGUGGUGGAGUUCAUCCUGACCCACGUGGAACAGAUAUUUGGAAACGCCCCUCUGUGCGGUGGUACCCGUGAAUCCAUCCGGAGAUCCCUGCUGGCUCUGUCGCCGAUGGUCCUACCUGACUACUGCACUCCCUACAAUGUGCCCACCAUGCUCAACCAGGGCGAUGGGCCCCCCCAGAUGAGACCCUACCACACCAUCAUCGAACUCAGCGAAAGCAAAAGAAAAGGGUCCGUCAAGGCCAAGAAAUGGAAGUCCAUCUUCAACCUAGGACGAUCCAAGUUGAAUAAGGCAGAAGACAAAAAUGACAAACUGGCUAAGAUGCGCCUACGUCCAGCCAAAAGCAUGGAUUCCCUCAGCUGCGUGCAGUCUGUCGGUGACGACGAUGCUCGCCGGGGGACCGAGAUACCUCCAAAACACGAGAGUUUUGAUGGCCCAGUUUCACUUGACAGCAGCUUCUCCGAAUCCACGUACAUGUCUGCCAAGAGCAAAUGCGAAGACACGCAGGAGGAAGCCACCAAGUCAGAACCCACCACCCCUAAAACCAGCAGGUCCGGUCUCAUCGGAGGGACCUCUCAAGGACGUUCACCCAAAAGCUCCAGGAACCGGGCUGAGAAAUGCGCCGGGGUCCACAUCUCGGGACCUUUCUCGGUCACCGUCCCCUUCCACAUCACCUCCAACCUCACUUUGUCCCGGCUGACCAGAGGCCUGGAGUGUCCAGCACUGAGCUACUCCAGCUUGGAGACUCCAGAGGCCGUUUCUUCCAAUGGAGAAGACUUUCCCAGGGUGACAGAAGACAGUGAGAAACUCAUGUCUGCCCUCACUGCCAAUAAGGAAGCAGACGAAGGCAUUUUAGGUGCAAACGUCGAAGCCGAAAUGGAUGCUGAAGAGAGCCAGAUGUCUAUGGAAGUCGAGGAUUCGUUCUCGUUCCUGGACAGCCCCGAUGGCUGGAUUGACAAUGUGCUAGAGGAAGAACAGCUGCAGACGGAUGCCGGCGAGGGCCCUGGGGUUCCCCCACGCAGCUUGGACUCCGUCCCAAGCAUGGAAGAUGAUUUGGGAAGCGGGUUUAUGAACGAGAUGAUCGCAGCUGGGAUAGAGCUGGAGAUGUAUUCUAUGGUGCCACACCUGGACUACCUGUCCAUUGAAGAAUGCAUGAAUGAGCAAUCAGAAGGAGAAGAUGACCAGUAUUAUCUCGCCAUGGGAUACAUCGAGGAAGAGCCAUCUAAGGAGGUUGAUGCUGAAGAGGUCUAUCUGAGCGCUUUUGAUGAUCUCAGCCCCAUAGCUAGCAAAGUAGAACAUCUUCGGCAAUCAGAUGUAGGUCAAACUCCUCACAUCCCUUCUCCAAAACUCACCGUUGAAGAUCAGAUCUCCAAGAUGGCUACAGAAACCUUGGUUGAAGAUCCAAAGAGCUCACAUUUACCUGAACCUGGCCUGGAACCUCAACGAGGUGACGAGGAGGUUACGACUAGGUCAACUCGGCACCUAGUCGUCAUCAAAGACCUGGAUCCAAAACUAGCCAAGCCGCGUGAAGUGGAAUUUCACGUGGAAUCCAGAAGCAACGCCGACGAGAUGGAAAGGCACCUGACUGACAAAGCUGAGGUAGAACCUAUUUUUUCAAUGUUGCAGAUUGAAGAUGCAAACGUUGGAAGUGAGGUUGGCCUCUUUGUCCCCAGAACUGAAUGUCCUGAAGAAGUCGCUUACCCAAAGUCUCUGGAUUCAGAAUCUGGAGGGGGAAACCCUGAGGGUAGUAAGGUAGAACCCAUCAUUUCGUCCUUACAGAUAGAAGGUAGAAAUGGAGGGGAUCUCUUUGUCCCCAAAACUGGGUGUCCUGAAAAAGUUGCCUGCCAAACACCUUGGGAUCCAGAACCUGAAAACCAACCAAUCCAAUCAAGUAUUGAAGAGAAAUGGCAACCUCCGAACACACCUGAAAGCGAACAGAUUCCACAUCUUCCUUGCAGCAUGAGGGUAAACAUUCCUCCAGAGGUGGUUGGAAGAUGCAACCAACCCUUGGGCGAGACCCUUGUGGUUCAAGGGAUGGGAGAAAUGCACCAUGAUGGAGAUGCUGUGGAGGAACUCAACUUACUUCAACGUCUGAUUCCUUCUUUACUGGACAAUAAUCCUGAAAAUGUCAGCUUCCCAGCACCCAAUCCAGAGCAUAUGUCAUUUUCUUAUUUCCCUGCCACUUUGUCCGACGGUUGCAUGGACUCUGAAGACUUCUCCCUCAUAGCCUUUUCUCCAAAACCUUGCCUGGAAAAUCUUCCGCAGAAACCUCAGCCUGGAUUGCCAGCGAAAGCUUCGUGUGUUCCGAAACAUGGAUUCUUGGACGGAGGCGUCCACAUGAAGUUGACGUCUACCACACCCCGAGUUCAGCAAGUGAAAUCGUUUCCGGUGGUGCCCCCGAAGCCUCAAUUCGCUAAGGUGCCUCCUUCCUUAAAGCCAGUGAUUCCCAGGAAGGAACCUCUCAUCGCCGUCCCAGUGAAGGGCCGUGAGAAUGGGACCAAGCAGGAAUUCAACCAAAGUUCUUUGAAAAGGCCUUUCCAUCUAACCAGCUCGGACAGCAACCAAAAGACAGAACGUUUGCCAACAUCUCCUAGCCCAUCCAUCUCUUCUGAGCAUUCUUACAGCGGUUCAGAGACCCUCCCAAAACAACGCAACUCCAUGCCGGUCAGCUUGGAGAAGUUCAGCAAGGACUGUAAGAACGUGGAGGACAUCGCCGCAAAGCCGCCUCCUUCUUCGCGGGACAAAUGCUUUUCGUGGUCCAAGAGUGGAGACGUUGGAGGCAGCAGCCUUCAUCUCGUGCAGGGCAGUGGGGAGAAACAGAGCAGCGGCCAACAAUAUGACGAAGGGAAAGGAGGACAUCUCUAUGGAACAGAGAGGCCCACCAAGGAGGCCUUGGAGGGCACCUCUCCCCAGAAGCAGCGCUGGAGCAACUGGCGUUAUAGCGGAAGCAUGUCGUUCGACGAAGCCGUGGCCCUGGCCAAGGAGAGGCACGUGGCGCAGGCUCCCAUGCGGAGGAUGCAAACCUAUUCCUACGGCGAGGUGGACGGCUCGCACGGAGCGUCCAAAACGGAGACGACAGAGCCUGCCCACAAGCCUAUUCUGAGGUCUCCUCAAUGGCCGCAGAGUUGCAUAAGCCCAGCUGGACCUCCGGAAGCUCCCCUUUUGGGAAAGGUGCCUUGUCCGCCAGGGUUGCUGCCUGACAGCAUCCCAGAAAGGGGGCGCACCCCGAGACUGGAAAGCUCCUCUUUCUCUCAGGACUUUCCUCUGAGGAACAGAGUGAGAUUAUCCAAGAUAGGACGGCGGUUGUCCGUGUCUGACGAAGCGUGUUUUGGAUUGUCCCACGAGCAGAGAUGACUGGUUGCAUUUUUGUUAACAGAUUGGCAGAGUUGGAAGGGACCUUGUAGGUCAUCUAGUCCAGGGGUCUCCAACCUUGGUCUCUUUAAGACUUGUGGACUUCAACUCCCAGAAUCCCUCAGCCAGCAAAGCUGGCUGAGGAACUCUGGGAGAUAAAGUCCACAAGUCUUAAAGGGACCAAGGUUGGAGACCCCUGAUCUAGUCCACCCCUCUGCCCAAGCAGGAGACCCUACACUGUUUCUGACAGAGGGCAGCCCAAUCUCUUCUUGAAGGCCUCCAGGGAUGAAGCUCCCGCAACUUCUGAAGGCAACUUCUGUUCCACUGGUUGAUUGUUCUCCCUGUCAGGAAAUUCCUCCUUAUUUCUAGGUUGAAUCUCUCCUUGGUCAGUUUCCAUCCAUUCUUCCUUGUCUGGCCUGCUUUGGAAAAUAGCUUGACCUUCUUCCUCCUCUCUGUGGCAGCCCCUCAAAUAUUGGAAGAUGCUCUCCUGUCUCCCCUGGUCCUUCUCUUCACUAGACCAGCCAGGCCCAGUUCCUGCAACCGUUCAUCGUAUGUUUCAGCCUCCAGUCCCCUCAUCAUCCUGGUUGCUCUUCUCUGCACUUUUUCUAGAGUCUCAACCUCUUUUUUGUAGUGUGGUGACCAAAACUGGAUGCAGGAUUCUAGGUGGGGCCUUACCAAGGCUUUAUAGAGUGGUAUUAGGAUCUCAUUUGAUCGUGAUUGUAACCCUGUCCUCCCAUGGAGCCAAUUCGGGCCACCCUGCAUGGGUGGAGGCUCCCACCAUGAUAUACCCCUCAAAACCUCAAGAGAUCUUGGCUCAACUCAAAGCAGAGAUCUAUCUAACCCAGCCUUUCCCAAGCCGAGGCCCAAAAGAGUGUUUUCUUCUUGGCCAGUCAUGGCUAACCUUUUUGCCAUCACGUGCCAGAAGCAAGGGGGUUGUGUGCACGCCCGUGCCCACAUCCAUCAUUCUAUGUGCCCUGCCCCCAUGCAUGGGCACGCGACCCCUGUACACUUCCCUUGCUCCUGGCACGCGAUGGCACGGUAGGCCCAUUUUUUGCUCUCCCCAGCCUCCAGAGCCUUUCUAGGAGUUUGGGGAGGACAAAAAUGGCCUUCCCCACCCCUCCGGAGGUCCUCCAGAGGCCGGACUUCCCCAGACUCCUAGAAAGGCUUUGCAGGCUGGAGAAAGAGAAAAACAGGCCUUCCCCAGCAGCCCCCGAGGUCCUCCGGAGGCAGGAAACAGCCUGUUUCCCUACUUCUGGUGGGCCCAGAAGGUCCGAAAAUCAGCUGGCCGGCGUGUACAUGCGUGCCGGAGCUGAGCUCGCGUGCCCACCGAUAUGGCUACGUGUGCCAUAGAUUCACCAUCACAGUUCUAGGCAAACAAAGAUAAUACGAUAGUUGUUGUGUCUGCGCCCCCUGAGCCGGGCCUGCUGCCAGAAAGUGACUUGGACAGUAAGGGGGAAGGGCCAUCAGGACUUACCUCAGGAGCACCAACUUGCCUGGCUCAGCUCCAGGAGCCAGAAACAGGCCAGGUGGAAGAGAUAACAAGGCCUCCAUCCCUUGACUCUUCUCCCCCCAGGCCACGCCUGCAGACCCAACUGACGGCAAUUAGGUUUGGUUUUGAAGACAGGAGAGGAGGGAACAACAGAAGCAAGGGUGGGGCAGGCCUAGGAAGUGCUGAGUCAUGGAGCCACACCCCACAGGAUAUAAAAGGCAGCCAGAGCUGCUGUGUCUCUUUGUAACAGGCAAAUCCACUGAUUAAGAGCUGAAGUUUGUUUCUAGGUGACUCACCAGCGUGGUGGAAGAUAACGGAGGCUCUUGGCAGACGCUGGCUAUUCUGCUGCCAGACCUAAUAGUGACAGCUAAUUAAGCCAUCCUUCGGACGGAGGCGAGGGAGGACAGAACAAUAGUAAUGGCUCAAAGGAAAAGAGAAUACAAAGGGCAAAUGUAUCUUUCACUGGUUUGAAAAUAUUAACAAAUCCUGAUUUAUAUUAAAGAGCAUUACAAAGAGCCCAGGCAGGUAGUUCCCGUUUAGUGACUAUCUUGUUUACUGACCCUUUGAAAUAACAAGAAGUAAUAGGUGGGAAUUUAUCCGAGAGAAGCAGCCUAGAACUAAGGAAGAAUUUCCUGAGAAUGAGAACAAUUGAUCAGUGGAUAUGGCUUCCCUCCAGAUGUUGCGGAUGAUCUCUGGGGGUUUUCAAAAAGAGGCUGGACAGCCAUAUAAGUAGGAUGGUACAGGCCAGGGGUCUCUUGAGUGUGCAAGGGGUUGGGCUGCAAGACCUCUAAAAUCCCUUCCUGCCCUAGGAUUCUAUGAUCCUAAGUUGAUGACUUUUAUUGAAAAGCAAAAGAAUGCUGAAGUCAGAUCCUAAGCACAGUCGAAGAUUCACCUAGUUCCAUUUAAUGACUGACUGGCGGGUCCCAAUCUGUGUUCGCUAAACACCUGCAUAUAAUUUCAAAUUCAGAUGGGCCGAAGGGAGGAGAGAGAUUAAGGCUCAGACAUUUUACAUCCUAACCAAAACAACUGCAGAAGAAAAAAAAAGGCCUGAGAAUAUAUUUUUUCCGUCCUCCUUUGAUGAGAAAGUAGUUCUGCAGUUAUCUGUGGCCCAAAAUUCUCCCUUUCUACCGAGAUAGCCUCAGAUUGGGAAACAGAAAUUUCCUUUCCAAAUGUUGGAAGGAUCCAACAUUUCUGACUCUUUUGUUUUCUGUUUUGGGGGAUAAACCAAGCCUUAUUUUGAUUAUGCAAAAGACUUGGGCAGUGACUGUAUUCUUAUCGCACAGGGGUCCAGAUAAACAGUCUUAUAGCACAAUGGGAACACAAUGGGAUACACAAAAUAUAUUAAGACAAGAGCUGUACCACAAUGAGCCAAGUAGCAUAAACUCAGACAUGUUCAGCAUGUCUGGUUUGAAUACAGCUAAGGUCUUAAAAUAUUUUUAAACAGAGAAAAGAAGACAAUAUGGAAUCUUACUUUCAGAUUUCAGUAUUAUGAAACUAAUGAGGUUCUGGGUUACAAAGAUAAACCCCAUUCAUGCUGUAGAGCAAUAUUUUUCAAACUUGUCAACUUUGAGAUGAGUGGAUUUCAACUCCCAGAAUUCCCCAGCCAUCAUAGGUUUAAGAUGCAUGAACUUCAACUCCAAGAAUUCCCCAGCAUCAUGGUUUAAGUGGAAUGAACUUCAACUCCCAGAAUUCCCCAGCCAUUAUAGGUUUAAGAUGCAUGAACUUCAACUCCAAGAAUUCCCCAGCAUCAUGGUUUAAGUUGAAUGAACUUCAACUCCCAGAAUUCCCCAGCCAUCAUGCUUUAAGACAGGGAUCUCCAACCUUGGCAACUUUAAGCCUGGUGGACUUCAACUCCCAGAAUUCCCCAGCCAGCAAAGCUGGCUUGGAAAUUCUGGGAGUUGAAGUCCUCCAAGCUUAAAGUUGCCAAGAUUGGAGACCCCUGCUUUAAGAUGCAUGAACUUCAACUCCCAGAAUUCCCCAGCCAGCAUGCUUUAAGAUCAGUGGUGGGUUUCAAGUUUUUUUACUACCGGUUCUGUGGGUGUGGCUUGGUGGGUGUGGCAUGGCUUGGUGGGUGUGGCUUGGUGGGCGUGGCAGGUGAAGGAUAAUAUAAAAUAUCCAUUCCCACCCCAAUCCAGGGGAAGGUUACUGCAAAAUCCUCAUUUCCUCCCUAUUAGUUGGGACUUGGGAGGCAGAGAAUAGAUGGGGGCGGGGCCACUCAGAAUUUUUACUACCAGUUUUCCAAACUACUCAAAAUUUCCACUACCGGUUUCCCAGAACUGGUCAGAAUCUGCUGAAACCAACCUCUGUUUAAGAUGCAUGACCUUCAACUCGCAGAAUUCUGGGAGUUGGAAGUCCAAUAUCUUAAAGUUCGCAAGGUUAGAAACAACUGCCUUUAGAGUGUUGUAUAGAUCCAAUCAAUCGUGGUUUAACUGUGGCUUCAGCAUGUUAUUUGAAUGCAAUGUACUAUAUUUAAAAUAGAAAAGAGUAUGGAUUGUACAUAUCAUGAUCCCUAUUUGGGUGGAAAUUAAUUGCUUAGUCUAAAAGGGUAGAAUAUCUUGUUACGACGCAAGAGAACUGGCUGGCAAAACUGGUUGGGGAGUCUGAUCGCUCCUCUUCCAAGUUAUUAGUUAUUAAAGUUGACUGAACCAAAAGUUAAUGGAGCAUAAGUCGUGUAUGUUGGGUGCAUGUUCUUUGUGCUAUUUUUAUGGAGACAAGAGACUAACAAGAAUGGCAAUCUGCACGCUUAGACAAACUACAGACAGAUCCUCUCCGGCGUUCAUACCCUGUUUAAGAGCCUUAAACGUGGAAAUUGAAUGUCUACGGUGGAGAGUCCAUCCAGGCCAUGGUCCUCCUGAAGAUGCUUUUUCCGAAAGACAACUGGUCUUCCUUUGAAAAUAUUUCACUUCUCAGCCAAGAAGCCAAAUGUUUUCAAUAAUCUGGAAUGUUUGAUUACAUGUUUAUUUUUAUAUAAAAUAGGAUGAAAUUAGGCUCUACUUUUACACAUAGAUGUGUCCACAAUGUCUCUAAUAAUAUGAGAGGCAAUUUAGUAUCGUAGCUAAACGCAUCUGGCUAGAAAGCAGGAAGUUUGCAAGUUGGAGUCCUGUGGUAACACAAAGCCAGCUGGGGGUUUGAAGCAGUCCUGGGAAGGGGGAGGCCAAGUCCCUUCUGAAAAUGGAAGAUGAUAGAUAGAUAGAUAGAUAGAUAGAUAGAUAGAUAGAUAGAUAGAUAGAUAGAUAGAUAGAUAGAUA